CGUUCGAAUCCAAUGCUGGAUGGAUUUACUGGACGUGGAAAGCAGAGAAUGCAGAUGAGUGGAGCUAUUCUGCUGGAUUGAGCUUUGUCACGGCCGCUCAAGGCUAUGGGACAUCGCCAGACCUUGCAGAAAGAAUAUAUGGACUCUUGGCUUCUCUCUUCUUGUUUGUUGCGUUUACGAGUGAUAGUGUAAUUAUCUAUCUCUUACCGUUGCGACGACCAGACUCUCCUCCAUAG